AAAACCAAAAUCAGCAAAAUGUGUGACAAUGAUAUAGCAUCUUUGGUUGUCGACAACGGCUCCGGUAUGUGCAAAGCCGGUUUUGCCGGUGAUGACGCACCCCGUGCC